GGAGGAUGGGAGCGAGCGGCGGAGCCGGGGAGCGGCGCGGGGGCAAGGCCGGCAGCGCGGCCGCGGCAUCGCCCGCUUAGGGGCGUCGCGGGGAAGCCAUGGAGAGGGCGAGCCCGGCGGCGGGGAAGCUGAACGCCGGCGGGCGCGGGGCGGGGGACGGGCACGGCCCCGCGGGGGGAGCCCAGCCGCGGGCGGGCGGCGCCGAGCCCGGAGAGCUCAUCGGGCGGGCGCUGGAUUUCAAGAGCGAAGGGGCGCAGUGCUACAAGGACAAGAAAUUCCGGGAGGCCAUCGGCAAGUACCACCGCGCCCUGCUGGAGCUGAAGGCGCUGCUGCUGCUGCUCAGCCAGGAGCCGCCCGGGCAGCGCCCUCCCGCCGCCGCCGCCGCCGCGGGGCUCAGCGAGGAGCAGCGCCGGGCGGUGGAAGCCAUCGAGGUCGACUGCUACAACAGCCUGGCAGCCUGCCUGCUCCAGGCUGAGCUGGUGAAUUAUGAGCGAGUCAAGGAGUACUGCCUUAAAGUGCUUCAGAAAGAAGGUGAGAACUUCAAGGCACUGUAUCGAUCGGGAGUGGCGUUUUACCACCUGGGUGACUUCAACAAGGCCCUCUACUACCUGAAGGAGGCAAGAUCCCGCCAGCCAACAGAUACCAAUGUCAUACGAUAUAUCCAGCUGACAGAGAUGAAGCUCAGCAGAUGUUCCCAGAGAGAGAAAGAAGCCUUGUGAAAAUGAAGCUGCUUCAGCUGAAGUGCCCAAGGGGGAACAUUUCCUUCCUAGAAGCUCAUUUGGUGGAUUUUCCUGUUUGCUCUGCCUCAUCCUCAUCUCCUCAUCCGUCCACUCUCCCUUGCUCUUCAUUGAAACCCAAUUUUUUUUUU